AUGUCUGAGGUAGUAACCGGUCUUGUGAAACUUACAUUUGGCUUUUUAGCGAACAAAAUUCGCAGUGGAAUUGCAGAACGUUUGAAAGAUGGCGAUGCCACAGACGAAGAAUGUCGGCGCUUGAUCGUCAGAAAACUUGACGAUAUCAAAAGUAAGCUUGAUGGUUUGGCAAGAAAGGAUUUACUGAGUAGCUUUUGUUUUCUACAAGAAGGACUCACUGCACUAUAUCUGUCACUAUUUCAAUCGGAUUCAAAUGAGAGUGCAACAGAAUCGACCUUAGUUAAAGCUGUGUCAUCCCUAUGGUCAUUCAGAGACACUGGUUUUGAUUCUCCCAUCAACGAAGCUGUUGCUCUUAUAAAUGCCAUCACUUCAUUGGAAAUACGUUCAAACGACCACUACAAGUCUGCCAUAAAAUCGUUCGAACUCGCGCGUGAAAAAGCAACCGAAGCGUUCUGUAACGAAGCGUUGUCCAUCGAAGACCGAAUUCAAGCGUCGCAGAUAAGAAUGAUGGCGAGAAUUUUAGAAAAAUUGGAACACCCAGAAGCAAGCGCUAGCGAUUGCUUGCAGUACCUUCAACAGCUUCAAGAUAUCGGAGCUAUUCAAGAAAUAUUUUCCGUUCUGAUUGACGGAGGAAUCAAGUCGAGGUUUAAUAAAACGAAGCGACUUAACAAUGCCGCGUCAGUUCAAGUUAUGAAUCAAGUAUUGUUUGAGUUCGUCAAAAAGUUUACGAAACCAUCAUUGAGCGCUAGGAUUUCUGCCUGGCCGACGAUUUUGCUAGGUGAGAAAACUUACCAUCCCGUGCUUGGAGAAGAUCGCAUUAUUGAAAAACUUAAAGGGUCUGGUAUGCAAGUAAUGUCACUGUGUUCAGAUUUUACAUUUGAUAAUAAAAUUUAUUCUGGAUAUUAUUCUGUUGUCAACAGCAAGGGAAACAUCGUUGGACUGUCGAAGGAUGCAAGUGCUUUUAAAAUUUUUAAACCUACAGGGGAGAGUCGUACCCUGUGUGAAGCUCCCAGGGAAGAGCGUGUGUCAGAACGCUACGUUGCGGCGAUGGAUAUUGAUGCCGAAGAUAACCUAUAUGUCAUCACUAGAUUCCGAGAAGGCAAUGGUCAAUCAUGGAGUUUUAAGUUGUUUAUCUUUGAUAAGAAUGGAAACGAGAAGCUUGAGGCUGCGUUACCUUUUCAGCAAAGCUCUAGACAAGCAGUGUGCAUGGCAAUAAACAAGGACGGGAAGAUUGCUAUUUUAAAUUGCGAGGGCAAAAUCCUGUAUAUUUGUAACGUACGUGUGAAACUCAAUUCGUUUAAAGUCGACAAACGUCUUUCUCUCAACGAAUUAUCCAUCAGGGGCCGUUUACCGAAUGUGAGCGUAACGUUUUCAGAUUUUAAUGGCACAAAAAUAAUUGCCACAAAUUACAAUACUGUUUAUAUCUACACAGAGAACGGACGGUUGCGACGCAAAAAUGAGAUACCCGAAGAACAUGGAUUCAUUGAUUCAGUUGCAAUUAAUCACGUUACAAAUCGUACUCUAGUUAAAACGCAUCAUUCACAAGGAUCUAGUCUGCUGUAUUUUUCAGACACUGGAGAACUGAUAGACAGUUUAUGUUUGGGGAGUAGAGCAUGGAUUAGACAUGCUGUGGUAACUUCCCACCGGAAUGGCACAGUUGCUAUAGUUGGCAAAACAGGAGCAGCUUUAGUUCAACUGUAGUAAAAUCACGUACUUGUAUGAUGCAUGAGAAUGUUGAAAAAUGAGCUGAUCAUAAACGUCUUAUUAUAUAUGAAAUAUUAAACUGAUGCGUGGUAAAGCACAGUGCAGUUUUGACUUUUGUUAUUUUCAUAUAGAUAAAAAUAGAUCGCUUACUAGACACACUAUAUCGAUUGAAAUACAACGAACAUGCAUGCAGUUACCAAUUAGGUUGAUGAACUAAGUUAAUUAAUUGAUGUGUAGCACUGGUUUGUCUUUGUAAUUUUUGUGUUUAAAAAUAUAUCGCUAUAAUUAACAAUUAUUGGAUGAGGUUUUUGUGAUAUGCGGAAUUAUCAAGGUCGAGGUAAGCGUUAUCCGCCGAGCCUGAUAACGCUUACCGAUCGAGACCUUGAUAAUUUUUGCCGCUUGCUAUAAUAUCACAUGAGGCUCAUUUGCAGAUAACUCGGUUAUCUGCUAGCAGAUAACUGAAUUUUCCGUAGGUUGCGUGAUUGCGCAAUUUAACUGUAAGCUCUAAGCCAAUCAAAUUGCUUUUACCAACUACAAUGUAUAAUGA